AUGGUUCCAUGUGUUGUAGCGUUGUAGUUUUUGUUGACAGUUUCAUCUGCCGCACGCAUCAUCGGCAAUUUUGCACAAAUAACAAAUUAAUAUUUACGUGAUGACAGCGUUUGUUGCACGGAGGAUUAUAUCCCACUUGCACGGAAAAAAUGGUGGGAAUUUGCUCAACCGUGCUAUUGCCAUACGAUUCAAUGGUACACUGCCAAAAGAACAAUUAUCUACCGAAGAAACAGGCAAAGUUCCAGCACCGGUACCCGGAAAAAUACAAGCUGCAGUUCUGACUAAAUUCAAUGAACCAUUCGCCAUCGAAAAUGUCGAACCCCCAAAAUUGAUGAAUUCUAACGAGGUCCUCAUUGAUGUAAAUUAUUGUGCUCUGAAUGGCUCGGACAUAUUAUUAGCGGAAAACACUUAUAUUCACUCACCCAUUUUGCCAGCAAUUCUAGGCUAUGAGGUUGUUGGAAAACUUUUGCAAGUUGGUGAAGAGGCAAAAAAAGAGGGUUUUAGAGUUGGUGACCAGGUGGUUGCACUUAAUAGAGAGCGUUGGGGUGGACUAGCUGAACAAUGUUCAGCAGAAACUGGAGAUAUUUGGAAAAUACCAACUUCAUUGAAAAUGGUGGAUGUCGCAUGCUUGAUGAAUUCUUACAUGAAAGCAUUGAUCGGUUUACAACAGCAAGCGAAUCUUGAAGAAGAUGAAAUUGUGUUGGUUAAUGUCGGAUUAGGAGGCGUAGGACUGGCAGCUGUAGACUUGGCGUCAAAUGUAUUUCGAUCACAGGUGAUCGCAGUCACUUUAUCGGAGGAUAGAUCUAAUAUUACGCGGGAAAAGGGAGCAUUUGCUUCACUGAAAUUCGACGAGCGAAAAUUAAUGAAGCAAAUCGUUAGUGUGGCAGCGGAACGAGAUAUUGCUGGAGUGUUCGAGGGGGUUGAUGGAGAACAUUUCAAAAAAAUUUUAGAUCGUUUCACCGAUAUUUACAAACCAGAAUUUCAGAGAGAAAUGCUUAGAGAUGACAAUUUUUCUGUUCUGGUACAACAUCUCUCACGUGAAGGUCGUGUGAUAAUUGCAGGGAUAGCGCCAACCAGAAACGACGAACAGUCAAAAAGUAGCAUUUUCACUCCCAGCAGUAUCGACAUUCGGCAAUACAGGAAAAAGGAUCAUAAAUCCUAUCACGAAGCGGGUGAAGAAGUUUUAGAGUAUUUUGAAGAAGGACUCAUCAGUCCAUCGAAUUCGUUAGUCACUGGUCUUAAUCGAGUUAACGAAGCUAUUAAAUUCAUGAGUGAAUUAAAAAAUUUCGGCAAGGUCGUUAUCGAUCUGAAGAAUAGAGACGCUGGAACUAAAGUUAAAAAAUAGAAUUAGGGCUGGAGUUUAAUAUAUAUAUUGGAGAAUUUUUACUGCGAUCUUUGCAUCAUUCAAUACACGCAAGCCAUUUGCAAAGAAAAGCUAGGAAAAUGUUCAAUGCUCCGUUUUGAAAAAUGAAAACUAAGGCAUUGCAAAACGGAAGUUUCGGUAGCCAUCGAGGGGGAAGUGAUCUGCAGAAUUAUUCAUUGACGAACUAUCAUCAACAUCAUCGCUUAUUUUUCUAACAGAAUAUAUCCGAUUUCACGUGAAAUGUUCUAUCAAAUAAUUGUAAAUAAUCCCAGAAAGUAUUUAUGAAUAAAAGAAGUUUAUUUCAAAUCCAA